ACCAACGCAGUGCACGCCAAAGAAGCCGCUGCAAGGAUUGCUUUGGGAUAUAUAAUAUCACGCAAAGUCCUUCUUCGACUCGUUCUAUCAUCCUCAGCAAUCCCAUCGUUCGCACCGCAACCCAGCCACACAAAGCCCUCCUUCAACAAUCAAUCCAACUUCCACCCAAAGCCAAGAUGCAGUACUCCGCCCUCGCUCUGUUGACUGCGGUCACCUCCGUCAUGGCCGCACCUCAGCACCAGCGGAUCCACGUCGACUUCCCUCCUCCCCAGUUGAACCAGGCAUUCGGCGUCAACGUAACCGGACCUGGUAUCACCAACGUUGAUACACGUGCCAUGAACGGCGGCAUCUUCAUCGGCGGACCGCAAAAGGCGAACUGCGAGGACAACUUCCACGCCGACUUCGCCACCUACAUCGCCCGCGACGAUCACACCUGGAAACUCUACAACAACAAGGGCGGCCCAACCCAGAUGCUGUACGUCGACAACAAAGGAAGCGUCGGAUACACCACUGGCGACGUUGGAGCGCCCCCUCAUACCGAACGCGACCCGUUCAACAUCGAUCCAACGACCGGAUACGUGACCUUCAACGGCUGCUCGGCCAAGGCUUGCCCGACCGGCGCGGAGAAGGACCAAUACACACUCUGGUUCACCAACGACGACCCUUAUCAACAGAAGGAUUGCGUCGACGUCACGGUCCAGGCUUACUACACUCCGUACCGCCCCAGCUGCACGUACAACUGAGCGUUGAGCGAUGGCAACGAGAGUUGAGGUGGUAAUGAGAGCGCUGUGUUGGUCGUUGAUACAAUUCUGCAUGCAAUUUCCGAGCGUAUGUUGGAG